GGAAACGGAUCUGUAGACGCAGUUCUGCUCGGCUGACCGGUUACAGGGCAGACCGGGGCGAGCCAAUCGCGGAAUGACGCUGCGCUGUCUUUAACGCUGUCAUAUCUCUAACAGUAACAAUUUGUCCCAGCAUCUAGAUUCUCAGCUCCCGUGUUCUCCGACAAAGGACAACAAAGGACUUUCAUUGUCCACAGACUGGAAUAAUCAAGCAAGAAACUAUAUUUCUGACAGCUGAAGUUGGAUAAAAGAUACGUUCCAAGCACCAGCUCAGAGGCACCACUCUUUGCUGAGUGUUUUGGGAGGAAUAUCUUAUCUAAACUGCAGGGAAAUACCGGGUGGUCGGAUUAGGACGCCAUGUCAAUUAUGCCUUCGUUUGGCUUCACCCAGGAGCAGGUCGCAUGUGUCUGCGAGGUUCUGCAGCAGGGCGGGAAUCUGGAGAGACUCGGGCGUUUUCUCUGGUCCCUACCGGCGUGUGAUCACCUCCACAAGAACGAGUCCGUACUCAAAGCCAAGGCGGUGGUAGCCUUCCACCGAGGAAACUUCCGCGAACUCUAUAAGAUCUUGGAGAGCCACCAGUUCUCCCCACACAACCACCCGAAGUUGCAGCAGCUCUGGCUCAAGGCACACUACAUAGAGGCGGAAAAACUCCGUGGCCGGCCGUUGGGGGCCGUGGGCAAAUAUAGAGUCCGGAGGAAAUUCCCUUUGCCCCGCACCAUCUGGGACGGCGAGGAGACAAGUUACUGUUUCAAAGAGAAGUCACGCAGCGUUCUGCGAGACUGGUACACUCAUAAUCCGUAUCCUUCCCCACGGGAGAAGAGGGAGCUGGCAGAGGCUACGGGGCUGACCACCACGCAGGUCAGCAACUGGUUCAAAAACAGACGACAGAGGGACCGAGCAGCCGAGGCCAAAGAACGAGAAAACGGUGAAAACAACAACGGAGUGGGUAACAAACAUAACCAACUCUCCCCACUCGACGGAGGCAAGUCGCUCGUGUCCAGCUCCGAGGACGAGGUCUCUCCGUCGCAGAGUCCUGAUCACUGCUCCAUGAUGUUAUUUCAGGGAAACGUAAACCUCUCCGGCGCCGCCGCAUAUCCUUUGCCCGGUCUUGGCGCACAACAGUCGGUACAUAGUAUGCAAGGACACCCGCACCAACUGCAAGACUCGAUUCUCGGACCUUUAACAUCUAGUCUUGUGGAUUUAGGAUCUUAGGCCGGACUGAUUGUUGUUCGUUAUCGAGAAAGACCAAACGUAUGCUAUUUCUAAUAGCCAGUAGGCUUAAAUCUGUGCAACUGCAAUGAAGAGGACAUACCGCAGAGAAAUGGGUUAAUUGCAAUAAUCAUUUUUAAAAAGCGUCGAAACAACGCUUGGGGAAAUUUGUGCGUAACUAAAGAAAACGCGCGAACCCGAUAAACAGCGCUUGGUCUCAUAAGUCUGAUUAGUAUGACUGUGCUGGUUUUGACGGGUUUGCGUACGUUAUCCCUUUCUUCGUUUUUGCUCAGAGCCACAAUUAAAGCAGUUUUGUUUUGGAGGACACCAAAGACUUUCUAAUAAAUACUAUGAAAAUCGAAAGAUUUGCUCAUCCAUCAGUAACUCACGCAAUUAUACUAUUUUCCGGAACAAAUGAUCGAAGUUAUUGUCGACUUAUGGUGUCAAAACAAAUAUAACAAAACAAAAGUUAUUUAGAAAACUAUAGCUACUUAAUUAUUACACGUUCAUAGUUAUCUAUUAACUUCUGUCCAUACUAGAACAGACAAAUAAUAAAUCGAUGUGUCUUCGUCACUCAUCAGUGUUGUUUCAGCCGGAAGAGGGCAUGAGUCUGUGAAAAAUGAGAAUGUCUGAAACGUCAACAAGAAAAAUACUGCCUUAGCUUGUCCAAGGGGAAAUGCCGAGUAGAGCUGAGCAGGCGCUGUUGUAGGAGCCUGAACUCACGUCUGCAGUCCAAACGUAUUCUAACGCACGGGGGAGGGCGUGGGGGUAAAGUUAGGAUUAGAGAUAAAACUUGUGACAAAAAAUUACCCCCCGCCUAUUCCCUUCCCAAAAAAAAAAACCCCACACACAACAUAGACCAUAAACGUCAAAUAUGGAAAAUACGCAGAUCAUUUCACGAGCAUAAAUAUUUACAACUCGUGACUUCAAACAUGUAGAUUUGGUGUGUAUGUGUGUGAGUAUAUGCACGUGUGCACGCGUUCUCAACGCGUUUGUUCUGUUAGUUCAGGUCCACAGAGAAUGACACGACCUGCAGGGGGCAGCCGCUCUGGAGAGGUCACCACGACCUUCCUUCCAAAUAGCCCGUUGUGGGAAAUUUCGGCAAAGAAAAACUUUCUCUAGAUUAUAUCUAUUUACACGCCCGUUUAAUUGUAGAGUUUCUUUUCCUUUAGUUAACUGGCCAUUUAUCUAAAUUGUUAUUUGGGAAGCGGAAAACGACUUUAUUAUUUUUAGAUUUAUUUGGAACAUUAUUUACACUUGCGUGUUUACACACUUUCAUUUGCAUAAUUUUCAACUCUAAAAAAAUGUCCGGAUUAAAUGUUUGUAUCUUAUUUACUGAUGAUGCGCUUUGGGCAUUAACAGGCAUAGUAAAACACCACUAAAAGCAAAUGUUUUCUGUAUUCAGACUAUAAAAGGUAUUUAAAAAAUACAAAACGUACACGACAGAGAAAGAGGUAGAAACAUGCCGGUUUGGUCCGCUAACUUGAAACCAUGUGCCGAAGAGUUAUAAUUUCGCACAUUUGAGUUCGCCUUCUGGUACUCUUGCAAGGUUGCUUAAAUUAAAAAAUUAAGCAACCGCAGCUAACGCUCUCGCUCUCUCAGUCUCUCCCCGUCUCUCUGCCGCUCUGCCUUCCCAGUCACUUCGUAUCAAAAUAAACUGUUUUGAACAGAGAUCACUGAGGGUUUCCGGCCUCUGUAAUCGGAACCAGUUUUCUAGUAUAUCAGGGCCUGAUUGUCAGAAAGGCCACGAACUAGGCCCCAGGACUACCGCAGCCCAGUUUGUGUGCAUUAUCUUUUUUGGCUGUAAUGCCUCCUUUUUCACCCUGUCGAAAUAUACAAUACGUUAUAGAACACUAAUUUAUUAUGCUUCGACCAUAUAAAGUAGCAUAGAAACAGGCCAUUUUGGCACUUAACCAGUGUAUAAUAUCUGAAGUUAGCCAAGGGGCCGAGGGAUACAUUUUACUUCGCUUCUUAAUUUUCAGUUAGUGCUCAAAUACAUUUUACGAACAAUAGGCUAUGUUAAAGUUCGCCAAACUUAAACCGAGUCUUUCUUGAACGGCUCGGUUACACGCAAAAUGUUAAUAUUUGGUAUUCCUGCUUUGAGGGCUGGUAAGAAUUUCGACAGUGUUUUUACAUCGAGAGGAAACGUUUGCGAAAUUCCGGUAAAGAAAUGCCAUAGAUAAUGAAGCAUCUUACGUCCUUUGGCAGUUCGAGGAUAUUUAGACAAAACCAACAAUAUAAGUAACGAUCUCCCCAGCGAAUAAAAGCUUAUGAGCGCAGUUCUCUGCACAUAUUUCUUUGUCCUCGUGUCGGCAGAGAGAAUUGGUCUUCUUACCACUCGCCGCCUCCGAGACGUUUUUCGAAGUGCAGGGUGGCUUUGCCAAGAGCCAAGCUGGGAGAAAGGACACGUCUCACUUCGACGCUAUGUAACCAUGUUAGUGGCCCGCUUAUGGGGACAUUUGAGCUACGGGCCAGCUGCGCCAUUGUCCGACAGCGAGUGACGAGAGAGACGCGCUCUGUGGUGUUCUAUAGCUUUAAGCUUGUGGUCCUUAUGUUAACUAAAACAUAUACAUUCGUUUGAAGCGAUCUCCUGGGUGAAACCAUUCACAGGCUAGAGAAGAUGGAAACUGAAAAUAAUGUAUUAUUAAUGCCAGGUAAAUAAUGAGACGUAGGGUCGCCUGUCGAGUUCUGAACAACUUUAGUACUUUUUAAAUUCUGUGCUGCAUUCAACAAGAGCCAAAGCCUCCUGUUGUAUGUGAGAUGAUUUAGAUGGAAAUCUAUUUUGCGCCAUCAUUUGGGGAUAUGGGAACGUAAUGUGUCAGCCGUGAUUGCGCCAUUUGGUUGCACCUGGAUCCUGUAAAAUGACCUCAUAUUCCUUGAGUGUUAUAUGACCACGCGGAGCCAUAGUCGGACUUAAUGACUCCCAUGAGAUGGAUGACAAUACCGUUAUGGAUCCACCAGCAGUCGUUGUGGGUUGAAUGUACCCGUUGGUCUUCUCAAUAUGUAAACACCUCCGGAUGUAGGAAAAAGAAAAGCUAGAUGACGCGAGUGGCUUGUUCACUUUCCCCGACUGCUCAGAGUCUCAGGGCUCUAUGAAGCUCGGGCUACGUAGGCGGUGUUGAAAAUCGGCUCUUUUCUGUGGCGAUUUCUGAACGGCUGACAAAGUAUUUGUCGUGUACUAUAAUUCAAGCAGUCCAUCUCUUCCCUCGAAAACACUGAUCCUCUUUGCCAGGGUAGCUCGUUCGUCCGUGUUCUUGAUAAGUUUCUGCGAUUUCUGAGUCAGCGCACCUGGAAGUAAUGCACGAAGUGAUUCGGUAGCUCUUGGGUCAGAGGCACCUGCAAUUUGCGCACUGAACUAUUUGGCCUCUUUGGAACUGUGUUAAUUGUCUUAUGUCACUUGAAAACUUUGACAAAUUCAAUUGCUGGUAAUAAUGGUUUUCUAGUUUGACUCAUUUAGUUGCCUUUGUAGUUGUCAUUUUAUUACUUGAGAUAAAGUCAGUGCUUUUUCAUGAGGUGUUUAUGUUGGUUAGUGCACACCCUGCAUAAGAUUAGUACAGCCUUGAAAAUACAUACUCUAAAAGGCAGCACAGUGUUGAUAAAGAUGUACUAUAUAAUGUGAUGUAAAGCUGAAUUAAUUUUUUCUUUUAUUUUUUAUUUAUUUUUGUAUUUUCUUUAUAAAAUGGGUAUUUAUGUAUUUGAAUUACCUGCAUUAAACCAAGACAGUCUGAGCCCAUGGCACUACUAUGCACUACUAAAGCUGGAUAGUCUUUACGGAAGAGCUGUCUGCUUAGAGGAGAGUAAAUACUAUAGAGGUAAAGAGGUAGACACUCUGUGCCUUAGAGCUACCUGAGCGAGUACCUGGUGAGCCAGAACACUGGGUAACCAAAGUCCGGCCUGGCCCUUGGCAUGGGGGUUAGGGUGUGGGGCACAAAAGGAGCUUUCUUUAAAGUCAGACUUGAAGGAGAGAGGGAGACAGAGAGACAGAUAGAGGAAGAGAGAGAGAGAAAGAGGCGGGUGGAUGGGGGAGAGAUUCUGUUACCGAUGAUGCAUUCAUCUGACAGCACUUCAACCAACAGAACCCCCAGAGAAAGACUAACCACUCUGCAUGCGUGUGUGUGCAUGUGUGUGUAUAUGAGAGUGUGAGAGAGAGAGGGGGAUAUUUAUGGACCAUCCUGCAGAAAGUAAAUGCAGAAGAUUUGCUUGCAUUUACUAAUAUUCUUUUAUUCUCAAAAAGGCUAAAUUUGUCCAGAUAGAUCUCUCUGUAAAGGGAAGUAUUUUUCUCUCUAUGUAGGUUUACAACCAAAAAUACCAAAAAAGUGGAGUUAGACACAGAGAAAGAGAAUGUGGAAGUGAAUAUUAUUUCCCUCUGUGUGACCUUGACAAUGUGUUUUAUCCUGUGCCAGAUUAAACCUGAGCCCUUUGUC